AAUGACGUCAGUAAAUUCAAUCGACAAACACAAUGAAAACAAUAUCGAUCCGUCAUGCGUAAUCGCGAAACAAUAUAAACACUUGUCGCUUCAGCCUUUGCCAUUCACGUAGACGGGGACUGUAGAAUCGUCGUUCUUGUUCGAUAUUCAAACCGCAGUCCGAGUUCGAUUUGUUUAAAUAAUUAGCACAGUUCAGUUAUCAAUUAACGACAAGGGGAUUUACCACGACUUACCAUCGCCGUUUGCGGGUUUUAUACGAUAUUUUUAAAAUAAAACAAAGCCAUGGAAUCUUGUAAAUUCAUAAUUUCUUUGCUUUUUAUUAUUUCAAUUAUUGGACGUGGUGUGCGCGCGUAUGAAAUUGAUACAUACGAAUUUCUCAUGCCGAACGUUUGGCCUAACAAGGAUGAACUGUAUCUCUGCACACCUAUAAGGAUUGCACCAAAGAAGAAUUUCUAUGUUGUGGGAUUCAAACCGAAUGCAUCAAUGCAUACAGCUCAUCAUAUGCUAUUGUAUGGAUGUUCUCAGCCAGGCUCUAAUGAUUCAGUGUGGUCAUGCGGUGAAAUGCAAAGCAACGAAAUAGACAAUAAAUACAACACGGCGAGCCCUUGCAAAUCCGGUUCGCAGAUAGUAUAUGCGUGGGCCCGCGACGCGCCUCGCCUGCAGCUACCCCCUGACGUCGGCUUCCUCAUGGGCAACGACUCGCCCAUCAAGUACCUUGUACUGCAAGUGCACUACAUGCAUAAAUUCCCAGAAGGCAAAACUGACAAUUCCGGCGUCUUUUUGGAGUAUACGACUGAAAGAAUGCCACGUCAAGCUGGAGUUAUUCUACUGGGGACCAGCGGAGUGAUACCUGCCAACAGAAUCGAGCACAUGGAGACCGCGUGCACCAUCAAUGAGGACAAAGUCAUCCACCCCUUCGCGUUCCGGCCUCACACCCAUGCUCUUGGUACUGAAGUGUCAGGGUUCGUGGUCCGCCGCUCCCCCACAGGCGACAUCUGGCAACUCCUCGGCUCCAAGAAUCCCCAGCUACCCCAGAUGUUCUACCCGGUGGUCAGCCGCACACCCAUCACGAAGAACGACGUGCUGGCUGCGCGCUGUGUCAUGAACAACACCAGGUCUCACUCUGUCAACAUUGGAGCGACCAACAACGACGAGAUGUGCAACUUCUACCUGAUGUACUGGGUGCAGGACGACACGCCCCUCACACAGAAGUACUGCUUCUCGCCCGGCCCGCCCUACUACUACUGGAGCCGCGCGCCGCAGAACUUCGACCGCAUACCCGACAGGGAUUUUAACGUUCUGUAAGAGGACUUCUGCUUCGUAUACCGGCCGACCAAUAACGAAGAAAUGUGCAACUUAUACCGAAUGUUCCCCCUAGAAGAUGGCAUCCCCCUCGCGCAGUAUUGUUACUCUCUCUCUUAAUUAUUAUGGAGAAGUUCAACCCGACAGACAGACAGAUUUAUCAUUAUUAUUUAUACAUUAUUUUUACACCACAAUAACAAAAACAAGAAAAAAUUUACACAUUUUAUGAAUAAAGAAGGAUACAAAAGGCGACCUUAUCGCUAUAUAGCGAUUUCUACUAAUCAACUAAUUAGGUAUAUUAUUUAAUAUCUUAUCUUGGCGACAUUAUAUUAUAAUAAUAUGUAACAUUACAUAACUAAUAUAUUCCUUUUCGCAUUUUAGAAGACUGUUUAUGUUAUGAUUUUUUAGUUGAAAAUUAAGUAAAUGAAUGAUUUUCUUAAGGAAAUUCCGCACUAAAGCAGUACCAGAUUUAUUCUGACUGUUGUGUUUAUAAUAAUUGAUCCGAUUUCUCUUAAUAUUCAUCAUUAUCAACCAAUAUUCGGCUCACUGCUGAGUUCGAGUCUCAGAAUGAGAGGUGUUAGGCCAAUAGUCCACCACGCUGGCCCAAUGCGGAUUGGCAGACUUCUCACACGCAGCGAAUUAAGAAAAUUCUCCGCUUGCCCCGGAUUCGAACCCACAACCUCCGGAAUCGGAGGCAGAGUUCAUAUCCCGGCUUUUUGAUAUUUAUAUUUUUUUCCUCUUGAUAUUAAUAUACACAAAGUAAUUUACUUGCACAAAUAAAACACUUGCAACAAAUAAUAUUUCCAAUUGACCACAGACUAUUCAAGUAUGCUUGAGCAAUUUCAUUUGCCAAUUUUGAAGUCGAAAAUUUAAAAAAAUAAUUCAACUUGUACAAGUCAAUAAUUAUCAUUAUCUUCAGUUAAUAUCUUCUAGUAUACUUACUUUAGUUUAUACUCAUGCAAGUAUACUUGCGCAGGUAAAUUAUUACUUGUAUGGCAAUUAUUUGAUUCAUACAGCAAAAGCAUUAAUGCGGCCUAAACUUAAAUCUUUUACAAUAUUAUAAAAUAAUCUGUGUUGUCCUAGUCCUAGUGGGAGUUUUCAAUAUUUUCAUACUGUUACUAUCACGUUGACGUAAACGCAAAGAUGAUGGUCCAUUUCAUGUCCACUCUUGUACCCCGUAUCAUUAAAAUUUAAAAAUACAAGGAAAUUAUUAAAAUUUAUUAAAGUGAAUAAAUCUAACUAAAGAAAAACAAAUAAAUAAAAUAAAAACCCAAGUUUUUGAGUUAUAUCAAGAUGGCGCCCAAGCAAUUAUGACAUGACAGUUGACAGCAAACGUCAAAUCGAUGAAUGCAAUGAAAACGUCAUCUAUCCGCCAUUAUUACCUUUAUUAAUGUUGCAUUUCUUGGGUGAUAAUGAAUAUUCUUUCGAAAGAAUUAAAGUAAAUUCGUAGAUUUGUAUAAUCAAAAAUAGUUAAAAAUAAUAUCUUCUUUUAUUUCCGCCAGGGUACAAUGACUGGACCUGGGCUCCAUACAAUUUUGGACCAUCUCCUUUAUAUGGAAUUGAAACAGUUGUGCAGUAGUGCCACUAGAUGGCGCUAUUUCAGUUUCUUAGAAAUUCGCGUUUACGUUACGUGACAGUAACAGUAUCAAACUGCCACUAGGCCCUUUGUUUAUUUUUUCAUGAUAAACAGUUAACAAUAAAUUUAUUUUACUAUAUUUUACGAAUUAAUGAUGAAAACUGUGUGGCGUCUACACCUAGACAUACAUCAUAUUUAGAGUAUCUUUGAUUUAAACAAUUAUUGGCAACAAUUGACUACACAGAUUGACAGGUAGGUUUAAGUAGAAAAUUGCAAAAAAAAACGAUUUUUUUGUACUUCUAAGUUUCAGUAGUCUAUAAAAAACUACCAUAAAACAAUCAAUGAAUUCAAUUAUCAUUAAAGUAUGAAUAUAAAGAAUGAAAAAAAAAACAUAAAUUGAAUCUUUUUAUCGAUCUUUGAACGCUAAAAAUAAUCUGAAUUGAGUAUUGAACGAUUUAUUAUUAUUUUUUUAUUAUCAUUAUUUAUAAAAUAUUGUAUUUAAAAAGGAAGAUGUAUAUAUCUUCCUUUUUAAAUACAAUAAACAGUAUUUUAGUUAAAUUUUACAUAUCAGUAGAUCCUUUCAAUUUAUUAUUUAGUGUUAAUUAUAAAUAUAACCGCUGAAAUGUUAAUUAAAAAAGUAGAAAAUUAUUUUAAUUUUGAGUAGGUAACACUAACAUAACACUUGAGAUUCGUAAUAAAUAGUAUUUAAUAGAUAAUGUAUCAAUAUUUUUUUUCUUUCGGUUAAAUUGUUUUCCUUUGUAAGGUUUCUUUACUAUGUAUUUCAAGUUUAAUAUAAUGUUAAUAUGUUGACAUAAAAUUAUUUAAAACAUCACCUAUUUUUAGGUAUUCGCCAAGCGAUUUAGCGUUCCGGUACGAUGAGAAUUAAUUAAAAAAAUACAUGUAAACCUGUUUGAACUAGCGCUUUACCAUUGAAUCUUGUGAAACUAAUUGAAGAACCUAUACCUAUAUGUACCUGCAUAUUCACUAACUCAGUUGGUUUCAGAUAAAAGCUCGUUGAAAUUUAAUUCCAUAGAAAAUAUGACUGAAAUAUGAGUGGAAAUAAUUAGUUUGUAUCCCUUAUAAAAUUACUAAAAAGUACUUAUGUCUAAGACACUGCUGUAAGGAAAAAAAAUAUUUACCUUAUACUCGUAACAGGCAUAAUAAUAUUAUAUUUAAUUUUUAUGUAAAUCUAGUCAAAAUUAUGAAAGAUUACAAUGUGCAUCUUUUACAAAAUGAACAGCCAUAAUAUUUCGACAAAUUAAUGUGAAUUAAUUUUAUCUAUAUGCUUCGUUUUAUAAAAAAAAAUUUAAACAUCUUAUAAACAUUUUGAAAAUUUCAUUUUAAGAUUCUAUACAAAGUAUUUAGUAUGUAUGUUUUUUUUAUUUCUUCUAACAAAAAUCUUUUUAUCCACUAAAAUCACAAAAAAGCAUUUAUAUUUUUAACAAUUUAAUAUACUUAAUACUUAUUUGAAAUCUAAUGGCAUAUCAAGUUUAAAAAAAAUAUUGGCCUGGUAUACUCUCAAAAGGCAAAAAUAAUAUUAAUAAUUAUGAUUAUGAUUCUGGACAAAAUAAAAAAGACAUUUUAAUUAAAAAAAUAUCGUAUAUAGUAUAAGUUACUCAAAUAAAUACAUAAUAUUUGUGUUAAAAUAAGCAACAUUUAUAAAUUAUAAGAUUAGAUUCGAUGUACUACUCUAUUUUUGAAAUGACUAUGGCUCGCUCUACGGACUCUCGGUGUUUUGUAAAUAGUUAAAUAUAUAUAAAAGACAGAAAAUAGUAUUUUUAUGAAUAUUAAUGUGGAUAUAAAGGAAAAUCACAAAAAAAUAGACACAAUUUCUUAAAAAAUUUACAAUAUUUUUUUGAUUUUGAAAGAUUUUUUUUACUGAAUUAUUGAGAUAAAAUCAAUUUCUAUGAUUGUUUUUUAUUUUGUGCUUUUUUACUGCAUAUAAACAAUCAAUUGUAUAUUUUAAAUAUAUUAUAUUAUACAAACUUAUCUGACUAUAUACUUUUAUUUAUUAUGUCGCAAAUUUUUGUUACUGUGAAAAAGUUUUAUUGAUAUUUUUUUAAAUAUGAUUGAAUUAAAUUAUAUCAAAACAUAUGUGUAUAACACAGAGCGAUGAAAUCGUAAGCAUUGUAAAAACUGUCAAUCACUUAAUUAUAUACUACAAAAAACCUAUAUCAAUUUUCGUCGUCAAUUGAUAUUUUUUUUUUGGGCCUUGACAUUGUUUUUUUUUUAUGUUAAGAAAUAUGUUUUUGUUGAAAAAUGUUUUUUUUUAAAUUUUUUACUCUGUUUUAGAUCAGUUUUUUUUUGUAUAAUGCCUUUAAAACUUUCUAAAAACGCAAUUAAAUCUAACUUUAUAUUGUCAAAAAUAUAUCAAUUACUAUUAAUCACUGCUUUAAAAUUUUAGUGUCAAAAAGAACUGACGUUAUAAAAAAAAAGUAUUAGAUCUAUUUUAACUUAAUAAAUAUAAAUGUAUUAAUGUCUUGACCAUUAUUACGUAAAUGUUUGUUAUUGAUGUAUGAAAUUAAGGCGGUUCUGGUCAAUCGUUUUACUUAGUUUAAUUUAAUGCGAUAUUUUCUUAAAACAGCAAAUAGAAAAAAUCGAUUGAAUGGAACUAGAAAGAAUUUAUUAAAUUGUGAUAAUUUUGUUAAUUUCUACGUUGCCAUAUUAAUUAGUUAUUCGAAUUUAAAGUUGAUGUAAACUAUUAAUUUAUUAUGGAAAACGGCUAAAACUCACGUGACACAACGUCGGAGUGCGCUAGUUUCAAAUACAUACGGGGCCCUUAGUCAUGAGCUGGUUCUUGCAACACGGUACGCUCGCAGCGCGCGUUGAGAGAGGGGUGGGGAGUAAAGGUCGUCAUCUUGAUUGGACCCAUCUUUUUGUAAACAAACUUAACUAAGACCAUCUCGCUCUAAGUUUGUUAUUUGCGAUAUAGAGUGAAAAAGCGAUUUCUACGCUGACCCACUCAUGAUCACUAUAAAAAUUUGCGUGAUGACUAUUUCUAUUAUUUAUUUCUAUUACUUCACGUAUCUUUCGGUACUAGAAACUUUUCCCUUGAUUGAAUACAAAAGCCAUAUCGAAACGGAUAUGAGUCGUAAAUGAGAUGUUUCAAUGUAACUUACUUUAAAAUUAAACACAUUUUAGAUAGCAACUUAUAUGUACACUGCAUAACACAGAACAGAAAACGCUAAAAGCUAAAUAUUGAUGAAAGAUGCCAAUUCUGUCUAUACGAUCUAUAAUAUCGGCUCCUAUCUGUUUAAAUUUUGUCAUAUUUGACAUUAAGUAUAGCUUUGCCAGGGAAAAAUUGUUUUUUUUUUUUAAUUUUCAAAUAACAAGCACUUUGGAAUACAGCAAUGACCCCACGCAGGGAUAUUUAUUCUAAGGUUACGAACAAUGAACAGUAAACAGAAUUUCCAGUACCUAAAAGAAGUGUAUGGAAAAAUGAUAGUCCAGGACUGCCUUAAAGAAGUAAAAUUAUAUUGGAUAUAAUCUAUGUACUUAUUAUUCUGAAUGUGUCUCCGACUGUCCAUGUAUGUAUAGCAUAAGCACAGAAACGAAUAUACUGCAUACUUAAUCAUAGAAAUAUAAGAGAAGUAUAUAAAUUAAUAAUUUCUCCAGCAGAAAUCCAACUCCAAUAACCGUUUUGUAGUAUGUGCGUUUCUGAAUUAGGUAUGAUUUUGCACGACUAAUAUCUUGACUGUAUUUAACUGUAAAAUCCACGGCAUAAUGAUAAUUCUAGAAGUCGCUUCUGCAAUUUUUAACCGACUUAAAAAAGGAGGAGUUUCUCAAUUCGAGUCUGUGUUUUUUUUUUUAGUUUUUAGUGUCCACCUAUAGUGUAAAAAUAUAGCACACUAAGAAACUCCUCACUUAAUUGGAAAUUAUGAUAUAGACUAAAAAUAAGAAAUGUUAUUCAGUGUUUGAAAAAAAGACUUAUUUGCCUUUAUUUAGAGUUGAAAGUUGUUUAUUCUUUACAACUACUUUUUAUAUUUUAUUGACACAGAUAUAAAGAUUUCUUUAGAAAAAGUCCCAUUUGUCACUGGUGAUCUUUUGUUUAUUCGAGAAAAUCGAAUUUAUAUUAAAAAACAAUGGACUUGAACAGAGCUCAUGUAAACUUUGUUUAGUACUAACUAAACUAAAGUUUACUCAUUAAAAACUUAACUAUUUAUUAAAAACUUAACUUAACUAUUUAAAAACUUAACUAUUAGACUUAUUGUCAAGUUGUGCAAAUUCUUACCAAGGAUAUUGUAAGCUCUGUAAAAUGUAGGUAAACUGUGACAUUCCUAUUGUAUGAACCUCAUGUUAUGUAAUUGUAGAUCUGAUUAUAUUGACGAUGUGCAAAAAUAUAUUAAAUGUAUUUUAAAUACAAA